GCGGGAGGCCGUCUCGCAUAUAUAAAGCCAUCCGGGCACCUUGUAUCCUCUCCAUAAAGCUCCAACAUCACUCUCUUGGUCCUGAUAAUGUCUCGAGUCCCCGACGCUCAGAUUUUCCCUCAUGCCACUGGAAACGCGGCGAAGACCGUUGAACAGCAUAGCGCACCUCAGGACCUAGUUUUCUGGGCUGGAUGGUUCUGCCCUUAUGUUCAACGGAGUUGGAUCGUUCUCGAGGAGAAGGGUAUCCCGUAUCAGUACAAAGAAGUGAACCCCUACAACAAAGAGAAGCACUUCCUUGACAUCAACCCCAAGGGCCUCGUCCCUGCGCUGGAAUUCAAGGGACAACCCCUAUACGAGUCCCUCAUCAUCAACGAAUUCCUUGAGGAUAACUAUCCCACACACGGCAAACACCUCCUUCCAGAUGACACUUUCGCCCGCGCGCAAGCUCGCCUGUGGAUUGAUCACAUCAACAAAGUCAUCGUCCCCGCCUACAUGCGCCUCAUCCAGUCACAGCCAUCUUCCGAGCCCGAGAAAGUACAGGCGGCAUUGGAAGAGCUGAUCAAGGGACAGAAGACUCUGGCAGAAAAGGUGAAGGGACCCUAUUUCUUUGGCGAUGAGUGGAGCUUGGUGGAUGCGGCGUUGGCACCGUGGAUGACUAGGGACUAUGUGGUAAGGGAACACAGGGGUUAUGAGAGAAGCUUGGCGGGGGAGAAGUGGGAGAAAUACGCGGAGGCGCUGGAGACGAGAGACAGUGUUGUGAAGACAUGCAGUGAGCGUCAAUAUCUGAACGAGAUCUAUGGAAGAUACUUGCGCAACGAGGCGCAGAGUGAGGCUGCAAAGGCGAUUAGGGCGGGUAGGGCCAUUCCUUGAGCGGAGCUCUACAAUUGUAUUCAUACCAAAUUCUCUUGUAUUCUUCAAAAUCGCCUCAUGUAUAUGUAUACACUCUCCACUCAAGAAUUACACGGAAAAUCAACGAGCACAAGCAGAGGUGUUCAUC